UAUAGAUAUUGCAGACUGGAUCUUGACAUAUGUAUCCUAUCUCCAAUUGGAAUAAAUAAUUGAGGAAUGUGGAAAUUACAGAAUGCCCAACAGCGUUGGAAAGAGAUUUAAACCCACCAAAUACAUCCCGGUAUCUACUGCUGCCACUCUUCUUGUGGGAUCCACCACCUUAUUCUUCGUUUUUACGUGCCCCUGGUUGACCAAGGCGAUCUCCCCCGCUGUGCCUCUCUACAAUGGCGUCGUCUUCCUCUUUGUGCUGGCCAACUUCAGCAUGGCUACCUUCAUGGACCCUGGAGUCUUCCCCAGAGCGGAGGAGGACGAGGACAAGGACGAUGAUUUCCGGGCGCCUCUCUACAAGAACGUGGAGAUCAAGGGAAUUCAGGUCCGGAUGAAGUGGUGUGCCACCUGUCACUUCUACAGACCGCCCCGCUGCUCCCACUGCAGCGUGUGUGACAACUGCGUGGAGGACUUUGACCACCACUGCCCCUGGGUGAACAACUGCAUCGGACGCAGGAACUACCGUUACUUCUUCCUGUUCCUGCUGUCGCUAAGCAUCCACAUGGUCGGCGUGUUCUCCUUCGGCCUACUGUUCGUGCUGCACCACAUGGAGCGGCUGGGCACGCUGCACACUACCAUCACUCUGGUGGUGAUGUGUAUAGCAGGGCUCUUCUUCAUUCCAGUCAUGGGCCUGACAGGCUUCCAUAUGGUCCUUGUCGCCAGAGGUCGCACCACUAACGAACAGGUGACGGGCAAGUUCCGCGGAGGAGUAAAUCCCUUCACGCAGGGUUGCUGUGGCAACAUCAAGUAUGUCCUGUGUGCUCCCUUGGUGCCCAGGUACACAGGUGUGGACCCCAGGAAGAGGCCCCCUAUCUCCAUCCAGCCCCCCUUCAUCAGACCAGACAUCUCUGACAGGCAGAUCAGCAUCAAGGUCAGCGACAAUGGGAUCCACACCAGUAUCCUCCGGUCUAAAUCCAAGAUCAGUCUGGAUGGCCUGGCCUUGGAUGACAAAGGCCUAGACACCCAGCCCCCGCUGCCCCCCAAAGCAGACCGCUACAACCAGCUGAAGAGCCAGCUGACAUCCAGCGAAGAUCGUUCCCUAACUGGCAAGACCCACCCCUCCACCCCGGCCAUGUACAAGUACCGGCCCUCGUUCGGCACCAUCCCUAAAGUCCACUACAACUCGGCAGGGGAGACGAUUGUAAUGCCAGAUGACCACCGUAAUGCGUCAGCCAUCUUGGAGGAGGGCCGUUGCCACGUUGACUACCGCUCAGAGCCCAACCUGGACCUGCCUGACUACCACAAUGCCCCUCUCCACCGCACCUUCCAGUCCUCCCCACUGCAGCUGGACUCCUACCUCAUCAAGUCCCGCUCCCUCAGCCUGAAGCAGGCCCACCAGCGCAGGGACAAGGGCCAGCUGCCUACCCUGCAGCCCGAGACCGUCACCUCCACCCCUUACAAGAGCGUCUUCUCCCCCAACACACUGUCCAACCGCAACGGCAGCCUCUCCUACGACAGCCUGCUCAACCCCAGCAUUUCCCCAGCCGCAGAGGCAGAGUGCAUGGCCCACCCCGGUAUGCCCUCUAUGGGCUUCCACACACCCUACCUGCCAACCAAAAUGUGCCAUGUGCGGGGGCCUGAACUGCAGAGCCAGAGGCAGCAGGUCCCCCCUAGCUUCAGCCCCAUGUUGGGCUCCAGGGGGAUAGGGAUGAGCAUGAGCACGCAGUCCCCCCAGGACCGGGACCCGUCCCCGGUGCGCUACGACAACCUCUCCAAAACCAUCAUGGCAUCCAUCCAGGAGCGUAAGGAGAUGGAGGAGAAGGAGAAGCUGCUGCUGCACCACGGGGGACACUCCCAGGCCUAUAAUCAGGCUCAGGACUCAGGCAUGUUUGACAGCCCUGGAGGUUACGGCCUGCCUCCUAGCGCCUGCUACCCAGAUGGGCCCCGGGGCCCUAGCUCCAAAGGCCCCACACCCCCGGCCUAUGGAGGCUCCAGGGACAACCUGAUGGGGGUGGUGAGCUACGGGCCACGGACCCCCGUGCUGCGCUCCUCUGGUGGCUCCUCUCUGGUACGUGCCCCCAGGACUUCCUCCAGCUCCUUGCACACUGACAGCAGCAUGCAGGGAGGAAGGGCCUCCGAGCCCUCCUACCGCUCCCCAGCCCACCAGCCCCACCACUCCCCCGCCAUGCCCCAAUCCCCCUCCUACACCCACCAGAAACUCUCCUUUAUCCAUGCCCUGGAGAGGACAGACUCACCCCGCCUGGGUGGCCCAAGAGAGGCCAUGAUGCAAAGUAAAGUGAAUGGGCAAACGGACUGCCAUCUAGGGCCCAACAGCUCCAGUGCCCAGGGCAACCCUCUCAGCCCUAGCCGCCACAGUAAUGUCAAAAAGGUGACCGGGGUGGGUGGCACCACCUAUGAGAUAUCUGUGUGA